AUGAAUGAAUCAUCACAUAACAAGCAACAAAAGCAACAGCAGCAGCAAAACGCUCCACCACCAACAGCAGCCUUGUUGACAGCGGCAGGAGGUGCAUUUGGAGCGGGCCUCCUUGGAGCGAUUUGGUAUACCAAAAGAAAGCAAAACCAACGAAUGCAACAGGAAAUCGCACAAGGUGUAGUGCCAACUGCACCUACUCCUCAUCAUUCACCACAACCUUAUAUACCACCUAAAAUGACACCCGCUGAAUAUGCAAUUGCGAAAAAGGAUGCAUCAUUGUAUGCUUUUAAAACAUUGGGAUAUGGUACAUUACUGGCAUUUGGAGGUGCAGGUUUGUUAGCAACUGCUGUCGGAUGGUGGUUAGACGUUAGAAAUUUUAAGGAAUUUUCUGACAAACUCAAGAUCAUUGUGCCAAAACAAACCUCAAAGCUGAGACAAAUGUUGGGAGGAAAAUCACUAGAAAUGACACAGGAAGAGCGGGAUGAAUUGGACAGUAUUGACUUGGAGGAUAAUUGA